CUGUGUGCUUGUCCUUUAAUCAGUUAGCUUUGCAACAUACUGUAUGUUUCAGACUUUCAUUUUGAAAAUACACUCCGGAAACAGCGUGUCUAGCUGCGCGUGCCUUGACGUUGAGAGAGCUCGAGCCUCUUCCAGCAGCAGCAGCAGCAGCAGCAGAAACGCCCUGCAUCCUCUCCUCUCUCUCCUCCGACAUCCAUCCAACCCGCUCCUGCGCUCCUGCAGCCGCGGAGGAGCCACUCUGACCGGGAAGCAACACGAGCCAAAGCCCGCUGAAAGAAAUGGCCUUUUAACACCUGAGAGACAACAACCAGGAGGAGAGACAUGGAUCCUUUGGCUUCUUCCUUCCUCCACCUCCUCCUCCUCUUCUUCUUCUUCGCUUCCCAAAGCUGCUUCCUCGCGUCUGCUGACAGGAGAUUCGGUUGCCUGUUUGAGAAUGAGCUGUGUUCGCCGUAUGAGAUCUGUGUCAACGAUGGUAUGUUUGGGAGGUGUCACUCUGUUCCAGUGAAGGAGGGUUACACCUACGACGUUUCCCCGUCUGUAGUGCAACGCUUCAGGAUGCUGCUGGAGAAGCUGUCCAAUAGAGGUCUGACCUGGGAAGACGACACCACCCAGCAGGUUCUGUCCAAAGAAUUAUCCAAACUGAGAAGGAUUCCCUACAGACUGCCACAGAACGGACCCAUCUACAACACCGACAGCAGGCCGGUAGCUGAGGCGAUGGACCCAUUAGACCAGAGGGUGAAACCAGUGGAGGUGGAGCUCAGCAGAAACCUGCAGACGUACCUCCAACGCCUUGGCCUCCUCCCCAAGACUCCCUCUGCUGCCGGCCUGAGCGCCCCAGGCAAGAAUAUGCAGUCAGGCAUCCCUGCAGACUUCUAUCGCUCCAAGGCCCAGACUGUUGCUCAGAAGGCAUCUCCCUCCAGCUUCUCCUCUCUUUCAUCUUUCCAACCUCUGCAGAAGCAAAGACCUCCAGCUGACCAGCUCCUCGGUAUGCAGGCUGAGGGUGACCUUCUCCUGGGCGCCCUGAGGCAAUAUCUCUCCGGGCGUCUGUCCCUGAACGGUGGGGACGUGAGCCCAGAAGAGCAGCAGGCCCCCUCGUCCCGCCUGAGGCCCUUCUACAGCAACGGAAUAGAAAAUGCCGGCCUCAAAAAAGAGACGUCAAAACCCAGACUGCCGAAGACGGGAAGAACUCAAGGGGCUUCAGUCAAGGAGCCCCUGACGUAUGUGGAUGAGAGGUUCAUCCAGAACGUUUUGAAGAACGCUGGCAGGCAACACUUGGAUGUGGACACCCUGACGCCGCAGGAUCUGGACCAGCUGUCCAGCCUGAUAGCUGAUGCUUUGCAGGUGGUGGACCAUGACAAGGGACCGAACAUGGGCCUGACCCGACUAAGACCUGGGCCAAGAGACCUGGAGGGAGAGUUAAAGGAUGGAGAGGAGGAAAUGGAGGAUGCUGCCAGAGAUGAGGAAGAGGAGAAGUUGCUGGAGAGCGCUCCGACAGCAAAGCCAGAGCAGAAUACUCCUAUAGUGCCGGCAGCACUUGAAGAGCGCCACACAGAUACAGAAGAGCAUAAUGUGAAGGACAAGCCCGACAGUGGAAACCUCUUCACCAAACUCCUCGCCUACCUGGACAAAACUCCCUUCUCCGCCUCUCCGUCGGCCACAAACCGCAAUGACAUCGCCAUGGAGACACCCAGGGCCCAACAGGUGGGGCUGGAAAACGUCCAGAGUCGGACCAGUGAGGCGGGGAUGACGGUGCAGAAAAAGGACGCCACCCAGUCUGUGGAGGAGGUGUCGGAGGUGGAGGGCUGGAUCAAGGAGGUGGCGCCUCCUCCCGCUUCGCUCGUGUACGACGAACCGCACAAGAAGACGAUGCAUGUUCCCGAGCUCCAGCUGGACGUCAAAGCCAACAGGAAGAAGGCUGACGAUGACGUCUUUGGUUACGUUAUCACCGACACAGACAGGCUGCAGACAGACGAAGGCCUCCACCUGAUUGAGAUCCUGGCUCGCAGGGCCAAGAUCCAGAUGACAGACUUGGCCGAGCUCUCGGUGGUGGGCCCUGCUGUGACCUUCAAAGUGAGCCCAAACACUCAGAACGUCAGCACCGCAGAUGUGGCCAACGUGGCUGUUCAGCAGAAAGUGGCUGUGGAGAAGGAAGCCAAGUUCAAUAUCCUGGAGGCCGGGGUCGCCGAUUCACUGCAUGGUCCAGAGUUUUCCACCAAGGCCGCUCCUCCACCAGAUUACAAUGGGAGCCAGAUCAACCAAAUCCCAACCAAGUACAGCCAGGCGGAGUCGACCAAGUUCCUCAUCCUCACCGUCGUGUCCAUCCUGUGCAUCGUCGGCGUGCUGCUGGCCUCCACCGUGGUCUACUGCCUCCGCCACCGCUCCCACCACAAGCUCAAAGAGAAGCUCACCAACCUGGGAACAGAUACCGGCAGCGAUGCUACCGCCACCUAUCAGGAGCUCUGUCGGCAGCGAAUGGCGGUCAAACCUCCGGCCGAGCGUCCAGAGCCCAUGUCCUCCAGGAUCAACAGCGUGUCGUCGCAGUUCAGCGACGGUGGUCCGGCCGUCAGCCCCUCAGCACGGAGCAGCAUCUCCUCCUGGAGCGAAGAACCCGCCCACUCCAACAUGGACAUCUCUACUGGUCACAUGAUACUGUCCUACAUGGAGGAUCACCUGAAGAACAAGGACCGUCUAGAGAAGGAAUGGGAGGCGCUGUGUGCCUACCAGGCUGAACCCAACGCCUGCACCUUCGGUUUGAAGGACGGCAAUGCGAAGAAGAACCGCUCCACUGCUAUUGUGGCAUACGAUCACUCCAGAAUCACCUUGAAGGUGGAGAACAGCCAAGGAAAUUCUGAUUACAUCAACGCCAGCCCGAUCAUGGAUCAUGAUCCCAGGAACCCAGCCUACAUUGCCACUCAAGGCCCCCUGCCCUCCACUGUGGCUGAUUUCUGGCAGAUGGUAUGGGAGAACGGCUGCGUGGUCAUUGUUAUGCUGACGCCACUCGUCGAGAGCGGGGUGAAGCAGUGCUACCAUUACUGGCCCGACGAGGGAUCUAACCUCUACCACAUUUACGAGGUGAACCUGGUGUCCGAACACAUCUGGUGCGACGACUUCCUGGUUCGUAGUUUCUACCUGAAGAACAUGCAGACCAACGAGACGCGGACAGUCACUCAGUUCCACUUCUUGACCUGGCUCAACCAGAACGUCCCAGAGACCAGCCGGACGCUCCUCGACUUCCGCAGGAAAGUUAACAAGUGCUACCGGGGACGCUCGUGUCCUAUCAUUGUCCACUGCAGUGACGGUUCAGGAAGAACUGGGACCUACAUCCUGAUCGACAUGGUCCUCAACAAGAUGGCUAAAGGUGCCAAGGAGAUUGAUAUUGCAGCGACUCUGGAGCACCUGCGAGACCAGAGGCCGGGGAUGGUGCAGACCAAGGAUCAGUUUGAGUUUGCGCUGACGGCCGUUGCAGAGGAGGUGAACGCUAUACUGAAAGCUCUUCCACAGUAGGAAGGAGCACCUCCUUCUGAAAGUCCUCUCCUGACUCGUCUGGAGGACUGACCCUGCUAUUACUUCCUUGUGUCCCUCCUUUCAUCUCCUCCUUUCUCUGUUUUUUGUCGCAUUCUUUCUUGUUUUUUCCCCUUUUCGUCAUCCCCGUUUUUCCUGUCUCCUCUUCUCUUUGUCCAGUCUUUCCUUUUUCCUCGUCUUUCCCCUCCGGUCCUUUCAUCUUGUCACCUCCUCCUUCCUCCCCUUCUCUCAUGUUCUAUCCCUCUUGUUUCCUCCUCCCAUCUCUCCUUCCCCUCAUCCUCCAUUCACCUCUUUGUUUCUCUCUGUUUUACCCAAUCCUUUCAAAUCUUCGCUCCUCUUUUCCCCUCAUCCUCAUCGUCUCGUGCUCUUUCACCUCUCUCCCUCUCAUCUUCUUCCCUUCAUCCAGUCUCGCUAUUUUGUCUCCUUCUUUUCCUCUUCUUACCGUACUUCCUCUUCUCAUCACCUCCUCCCAUCUCAUUAGUGAACAUUGUGCCAGGAAACCGUCAAACCGAUCCUGUACAUAGAUAGACCUUCCUUCUAUUGUAAUAAUCCAUGCAGCCUGUUUUCCAAAGUGUCAUUUCACUGCAUUUAAACACAUUUUGAUAGAUUGAUGACAAAAUGUUUGUUUUUGAGAAAGUAUAUUUAUCAUAGUUUUUUUGUUUCAAGAUGAGCAUCGACCUCAUGGGCAUCAGCUAAGUAGAGCAAAGUUUUGCACGAUAGUAGUUCAAUCUUAAAGUUUUUUGCAUCCUAAUUGCCAAAAUUGACUUGGUUGAACAAUAAGCAGUUCAAUCAAAAUCAAAUCAGUGUUUUUAUGCUUUAUAUCACUUUUCAUUUAAGAUUUGUGGAUUUCGGUCGGACAAACAAGUAAUUUGACGACAUCACCUUGAGUGUAACAAGCAUUUUUUCACUAUUUUAAACGAUAUUGAUGAUAUGGUCGCUUUGCUUUUGUUUUACUAAAUUGAUGCCCCGGAUUGGUCUUUGUUUUGAAUGUGUGUGUGUAUGUGUGAUGUUGAUCAUCAUUUCUGUAUCACAAAAUCGUGUUUGUGUCAGAGUUUUAGCUUCAUGCUUUCCGAUAUGUUUUCAUGCAGUACGCUAGAGUGUCACGGUGCAACUCAUCAGCGCCCAGUGUUGGUCGGUAAGGUAGUUAUGAGACAAAAUAUGAUUGAUAUCAUCUUCUAUUUUUCUUAAAAAUAAGUGGAGAAAUGUUAAAACAUGAGACAUUUGGGAUUUUCCACAAAUUUUAUGAAAAAUAUGCUAAAAAGAUGCUAAUACUGGAUAUGAGGUGAAAUAAGAUAUGAUCUUUUUUUUUUUCUGUGUGUAAUUUUUAUUAUAAUUGUAGAAGCAAUAUUGUAUUUCUUCAACCUGAAUCGUUAUCUCUUGUGGACAACCAAUAUUGUGGCUUGUCGGUGAAGUUACACUCAUGUCUGCCUUAAUAAAAACACAGUAGACGGUCAGGUGAACGUGUCCAGCCACCUGGAAAGCAGCCUGUGUGUAACACUUCAUUUUAAAAUGGUUUUAUUCCAGCGGAUUUACCUGUGGAUUAAAGGUUUUUCUGUACUUGUACUUAAUGAAAAUCCUGAUAAACACAGAAGAAUAUGUGGGCUUUAAUAAUUCGGGGGGCUGGAAGAAACUUUCUGUCCAAAAAGUUUGUGACAGUCUUUCAUUUAGCUCCUCAGCAGUGAUAAUGUGUACUUAAAACGCAGCACACUGGAAUGAAGCCAUUGUAAAAUAAAGUGCUUCUGGCCAGUAUCUUUAUGAUAAGAGAGGAUAGUUUUGCUUCUGAACAGCAGUUCUUCUAUGUAGCAUUAACGGCUGGUUUGUACAUGUACAGUAGCUGAACCUGUAUUGCAUUGAAAACUAGUUUGCGGUGACACUCGUCAGCUGGUUUUCCCAAAAGCAUCUUUAAGCUAAACUGUCCUUUUGUUCUGUUGUAAAUCAAACCCUGAAUUAAAGAACAAUACCAAUAUUUUUGCAUGUUUUAGCCCAUUUACUGAAAACUACUUGUACUUUACAUUACAGCCAUCCAUCCAUUAUACAAAUGUUGCUGCUUUUCAUAUAUUUGAACAUAUUUUAUCUACUUUGUAAGCAGCCACUGAUUUCUCAUCUAUUAGGAGUUAAUUAUUGUUAUAAUUAUAAUUAUAAUGCAGUGCAGACUUUUCAAACCAAUCAUCUCCAACAACUACAUAACCGUAUAACAAUAAUUGAACUUUGACAAAGAUACUGUUUAAAUUAUAUGUGUCUGCUAAUUGUUUAUCUUCAUAUUGUACAGAAAUGAAUACAUAUGGCUGCCUAGACACUCUGAAAGCAUGCAUUUCAAAAUUAUCAUCAGUAAUAAACAGAUGUUUUUGUUUUGUACUAGAGAAGAUAAAACACUGGCAUGGUGCUUUUAGAUGCAAUCACACCAACACAAAAGUCACAUGACUCACUAAUAGUCUAUAUAUUGGAUAGUUCUGAUAACCUGUCGAACAUGAGCAUCAGCUCAGAGCUCAUUUUGUUCUUUGCUUUUUAAACAUAAGGAAAUGUGAAAGUGAUGAAUUUACACAUAAACUACUGGGUUUGUGGGUUGAGAGAAAUAGUAAUACCCAUAAAUUCUUGGGUUUUGGGGGCAAAGAGAGGCGGAAUUACCCAUAAACCAUUGGUGUCUUGUUGGUUGGGGGUUACACACUCUCACUGUUGAGAUAUAGCUGAACAAACCGUGACGGAGAAAAAAACUUGCAACAGCCUGAAGAUGACUUUGGGAAACCAGCUUGUAGUUUCUGUAAAAUCAACUUCAUUUCACUGCUUUCAAUUGGUUGACAGUGAAUGAACAGUUUUAAAGAUUUUAUCCUAUUUCUAGUAUUGAACGUCCAAUCUUAUCUGAGUCACCAGUAAUACACUAUGAUGCUAGUGCAUGGCUAUUUAUUCAGCAAAUCAGUGUGCUGUACUCUCCUGUGGCCUAAAGACAAUCUUAGCAAACAAGCAAAACGGUUUAUCUAUUGACUUUACUUCAGAUUAUUUAUUGCACGAGAAGCUCCAAAUACCUUAAAAGUACAAAAAGCCAAGGAUUAUCAUAUCUCAACUGUGCAGAUCACGGUUAAAGCGAGUCGAAAGGUGGUGCAGUAUCAAUAUGAUGUAACGCUGCAGCAAGCUGGUGUCAUGUUGUUGGAAUCGACUCCACUUUUCGUCAUAAAGCUGAAACAUGCUGCAAGAAAUGCUCCUUGUAACAGCUUGUUUUCUCUGACUUUUUAAAGAUACUGUCAUUUAUGUUAUGAAAUUAUGGAAAUGAGUGAAACCGCACUGAAAGAAUUGAAAAUAUCUGAUCCUACUUGCCAAAACUAAACUGGUUAUAAUGGUUUGUUUGUUUUUUUUGCGGUGAGGAUGCUCAGUACGUCAUAUUUCCCUUGAUGUUCUUCUUUCUUUCACACAAUCCAUGAAGUAUCAAUAGAUGGCUGGUCUGUUGCAUUAACACCUUGUACAUAGACCAAAAAAAAAAAAGAAGAAAAAACAGAAGAUAUUUUGUUCUAUUGGUGUAAACAACUUGUGAAUAAAGUCUCAUUGUCGAUGCAGUAUUGUAAUGCAA